UGAUUCUCUUCAAGUAAUGAAGGCGUGGCAAUGAAGAAUUUGUAGUAUAUAAACCCCGGGUCCUGAGUUGUUCACAUAAUUUGAGAAUGCAAGCUUUAAACUUGGUUUUUGUGGCUACUAUUGUGUUGAUCGUCUUGUGUUUGACUCAUGAUACACUGGCUGGCGCUGGAACAAAGCAGCCAGAGCAGAAUGAAAACUGCGAUCUCUUCGGGACAGUUCGUGACAGUGCAUUACAAUUUGGGCAAACAAUUUGCGGACCAAGCGAGAAUCGGAGGGUGUUGGAACUAUACGAUAAAUAUAGUCAAAUAAAGGAGUUAUGUCCAUAUUUCGAAGAAGCGCUUCGCGAACUACAAGACAAAUUUUUCACAGACUGCUGCAGGGGCAAAAAUUGUGGAAAAUAUGAAAUCUAAUCCACCUAUAACAAAAUGGAAAACUGUCUUCUUCAAAUACCAUUUUGUGAAAAUAGUGAGAACGAGUACAUUUCGUCACAUUUUUGUAAUUAUUUAUUCCAUAUGCAUUAUUCACAUGACAUUCUCUGUUGAACCAUGUUUAUUCAACUUCUUUUUUCCCUCUCUGGUAUUCGCACACUGUUUAAUCUGAUCAUGGAUCUCAUUUGACAGAGCUUUGCUGUUUUUCCUAUCGACGCGCACUCACUGUACAUUUGACGAUAUUCAGCCACAGACCCUUUAGUAUUUCAACCAAGUCGUCUUUGCUUCUUGUGCCUCAAGGCUUAUCUUGUGCAUUUCAAGCCGUCAAAAU